AUGGCCAUUGUAGUAGACGUGAGCGAAGCAAGACGAGGUCGCUCCCGAGUGCCGUCAGAAAUUGAGAGGUUAGAAGAGAGGAUUCGAGAAUUAGAAAACCAGCUCCAGACACCUUCUGACCCUUUCAAUGACGAACUAGUGAAAGCAGCUGCUCCGCCAGAAAAUGGCAAUGAUCGAUGGAUUCAAGCUGGCCUAGGCAAACCUCGUGAGGGAAUCUAUAUCACUGGAGCUCAGUCGCAACAAAGCCAGUGGUAUGGUUUAUUGUCGAAUACCUAUUAUAUCAGUCGUUUGAGAUCAGAUCUCACUAUUGCCCUCCAGCAACCCCAAUCUGACGAUCACAUCCAGCCCAAAUCCGCCAGUCAAAUAUUUGUCAGCCCAACUUCGUCCAAGCCAUCCGACUCUAGCUUAGAAGAAACCGCACUCUCCGCAGAUCUUGGUGCAUCUGGAAGUUAUCUGACCCCAACACAGGAAGACUAUUUUCUGAGCCUCUACUGGGAAUCGUACCAUUGCACGUUUCAGAUCUUGGAUGAAGGCGAGUUUCGUGAGCAUUAUCGGUCUUUGUGGAAGACGUCUUCGUCAACAAGAAAGCCUUCGCCUUUGGUCGAUAUCAUCCUUGCAAUCUGCAUGCAAUACGGACUCGCAUUUCUUCCUCGAGAAGCUUCUAGCUCCGAACCCAAAACUGUUGUGGAUGGCAAUGAUGCCACCAUUGCAGGUAGAUGGUACUAUCAUCGAUCGCAGAUGCUUUUGAAUUCUCAACUUGAAACACCGUCGAUGAUGACACUGCAAUGCCAGAUUCUCGCCGUCAAGUAUCUCUGCAACGCGUCCUAUCAGAAUAUGGCCUACAGUGGUUUGGCCACCGCUAUACGGACAGCACAUUUGCUUGGCGUGCAUCUUGAGCCACCGGCAGAUAUGCCGCGAGAGCAAAGAGAGUUACGCAAGCGUGUAUGGUGGACGUUAUAUUGUAUGGAGUGUAAGACGUGUAUGAAGCUCGAUCGCCCGUGGAGCGCACCCUUCUCAUUAAUCUCUUGUCAACUGCCGGCCGAUGAUCGUCAACUGGCCCUGACAUCUGGCUCAAACUUUGCUUCUUAUGGAGAAGAUUUGACAUGGCUGACGUACACCUUGCAAAUGACUAAAAUGACGCUCGCUGUUCGAUCGAUUUUUAUUGCACUCGCCGAUAAGUGCGGUGACGUCGUAGCUAGCGGAAGAGGUAUCUACAAAGACCCUCAAACUCUCGAAAAAUGUGCAACGUUCCUCGAAUCACAGAUGGAAGUGUUCCACAGCUUCGAAACCCAGUUGCCAGAUGGAUUGAAGACAAAGCGAAAAAGCGGUGGCCUGCCCUUUUCAACAGAUCGAAAAAUGCUCGAUAUCGAAUUGUACGCCCCCCUAUGGCUUCAGCGACAACGCCUUAUGUUUGAGCUGCUUUACCAUAACCUUGCCUUGAAUCUCUAUCGUCCGUUUCUAUGUUUUCCAUCGACUUUUGCCGCCGAAGUGCCUCCACAGACCUCACCCGCCUUCACUAAUUUGACACCGGUGACCAACAGCCAUGCAAACUCAUGCAUUGAGCAUGCCAUGGCCAUAACACGCAUGAUGCACCAGAUCCUUACCGGCUCUGAGAUUUUGAGUGGCAUGCAUGAAGCCUUCCAUUUCCAGUGGAACGCAACUGUAUCCCUCAUCGGCUUCAUUCUGGCAUAUCCCCUGUCGCCGUUGACUCCCGAGGUCCGAGAAAAUAUUAACAAUGCCAUUGCCGUAUUCGAGACUUUUGGCAAACAUUUUGCCGUUGGAGCAAGCGCUGCCAACGUGACUCGCAAUCUUGUAGCAAAGGCAGACUAUCUCAAGGAGCGAUUUCACGCCCGCUUAACAAGCCUUGAGACGUCAAACACUCCCGACCUCCUCCGUCCGUAUCUAGGAACAUUGAGCGUUGACAAUAUGGAUCCAUCUCAGUUCCCAGAGUUUAUGGAGCUAAUGAACUUCCCAAUGUCGGGUACAACGGACCUGGGAUUUUCGCUCGAUCCUUUCACUGGCCUCGAGCAAUUCUACUCGGGGUCCGCGAACCCGGCUGACACUUGGGUGCUUGACCAAAAUUGA